AAUCUCGACUGACUGCAACCUCCGCCUCCUGGAUUCAAGUGAGUCUCUUGUCUCAGCCUCCCGAGUAGCUGGGACUACAGGCACACAACACCACACCAGACUAAUUUUUGUGUUUUUACUAGAGACGAGGUUUCACCAUGUUGGCCAGGAUGGUCUCGAUCUCUUGACCUUGUGAUCCACCCACCUCGGCCUCCCAAAGUGCUGAGAUUACAGGCGUGAGCCACCACACCCGGCCUACUAUUUCUAUUCUUAUUUUAGCUUCUACCUCACCUCUCUGUGCCCAUGCUGUUCCUCCUGCCUUGGUACCCUGCCCAAGUUGGCAGGUUUUGAUUGGGGAGGUGCUUUGGAGCAGGUGCACACAGCCACACCUAGGACAAUUGCUGCCACUGGACUGGAGCAACAAGGCCACACCAAGCGCAAGUGGAGCAUGGGUGACGUCCUGAGAACCUUCAUGGGAGCCUGAGGCAGCCCCUACUUAGCAGACCUGUGGUGGCUCUCCUGGAUGAGUAGCCCCAGCCCCUGCCUCUGCUGCUAUGGCAUCACAGAAGCCAUCAGUGACUCACUGAUGGCUGGGCAGGCAUUGGAAAGACCGAGUGGGGGCUGAAUGGAGAUUAAUUUGACCCAUUCUACCCCCAAUUUCCACCAGCAUGCCCCUAUCAAUGUCCAGCAGGGACCCAGGGACCCAAAUUCAGCAAUUAAUUUGGGCCUCAUCCUUUUGUCCAUUUUCCAGGAACCAGCAGAAGCUACCACCAUGGACACUGUAAAUCACAGAGGCCUUUGAUGAUGCUCCUUCAGAGGACUGAGCAGCAGGACUCUUAGCUGGGGGCCAGGAAGGGCAUCUUGGCCUGAAACCAAGAACCACAAUGGCAUUGGUCACUAGUGGCACCUGCCCUCCCCCAUCCCUCUCUCCCAUCCCUACUCCCCACUCAGUCCUGCUCAGUGCCUUCCCACCCCUUGUCUUUUCUCUGGUCAGCUGUGUAGUAAGUGGGAAGGGAGGGGCUACCAGAGGCAGGGAAGGGAGGAGCCUUUGGGUUUAUAAGUUCCAAAAAGGCCACUCAACUCCCAGAGCUGGAUCCUUGAAAAUCUGCUCUAUCAGCUGCUAUGGUUGCCACCAUUCUCAGGACCCUCGCCAUGAAAGCCCUUCUGCUGCUCACCCUGUCUGCUCUGCUCUGCUGGGUCUCAGCUGACAUUCGCUGUCACUCCUGCUACAAGGUCCCUGUGCUGGGCUGUGUGGACCGGCAGUCCUGCCGCCUGGAGCCAGGACAGCAAUGCCUGACAACACAUGCAUACCUUGGUAAGAUGUGGGUUUUCUCCAAUCUGCGCUGUGGCACACCAGAAGAGCCCUGUCAGGAGGCCUUCAACCAAACCAACCGCAAGCUGGGCCUGACAUAUAACACCACCUGCUGCAACAAGGACAACUGCAACAGCGCAGGCCCCCGGCCCACUCCAACCCUGGGCCUUGUCUUCCUUACCUCCUUGGCUGGCCUUGGCCUCUGGCUGCUGCACUGAGACUCAUUCCAUUGGCUGCCCCUCCUCCCACCUGCCUUGGCCUGAGCCUCUCUCCCUGUGUCUCUGUAUCCCCUGGCUUUACAGAAUGGUCUCUCCCUAGCUCCCAUUUCUUUAAUUAAACACUGCUCCGAGUGGUCUCCUCAUCCAUCCUUCCCACCUCACACCCUUCACUCUGCUUUUUCUGGGUCCCUUCCCACUUCCUUCCAGGGCCUCCAUUGGCUCCUAGAAGGGCUCCCUACUUUGCUUCCUCCACUCUACUGUCCCCUACUUGAGGAGGGAUUGGGAUCUGGGCCUGCAAUGGGGCUUCUGUCUUGUCCGCAAUGAAGGCUCCCACAAAGACCUGAUGACCUCACUGUACAGAGCUGACUCCCCAAACCCAGGCUCCCAUACGUACCCCGUCCCCCAUACUCACCUAUUUCCGUUUUGAGUAAUAAAUAUCUGAGUCUGAUAAAAUGUACAUUUAUUAUAAGAAGACCUAAGGGUCAGGUCAUCUCCCAGGAAAUAAUACUCUCAAUCUCCCUCCCUUACACAGGAAUCCUUCAGGGAGGUUCCCUGGGAGGCUG